CACAAUGUGUAGCUCGUCGUCGCCACCCCCCUACCUUCUGCUACUCACUGAUGCACGACGGCACGGUGAUACAGUGAUAAGCAUCGCCACCACGAGCUCAUCAUCAGCCAGCCCGUGACAGUGGCGUCACGCAGCUCCGUAUCUCGGCGAUGUCGCGCGCGCCACGAGACGCGCUAGAUCAGAUAUAACAACGCGACGAGCACGACAACAACCCCGACGAUCCGUCCGACGACAUUACAACUGGGGUUCCUGGGGUUCCUUCACCACACACCAUGCCGCUCCACCCGCUCAUAGCAGCAAUCUUCACCGAAGCAGGGCACGACCCGUCCCUCCUGCCCCAGACGGCGACGGACAUACUCCGCACCCCCAGCGGCGUGUUCUACACCAAAGUCGUCCGCGGGACAGCGGCAGCCCAAGCACGGGGCGAAGCGGCGUCCCUCGUCGCUAUGGCGCGCGAUGCACCUCCCGGGCUAGUGCCAACAGUGCUCGGGGUCAAGGAGGACAACGGCUCGCUCGCCAUGGUCAGCAGCUACGUCGACGGCUCGCGCGCCCCCGACUUCCAGGCGCGUCUCGGCGCCGCCCUCGCCGCGAUGCACGCGCCGGGCCGGAGCUCGCGCUACGGCUUUGACACGCCGACGCACUGCGGCGCCACGGAGCAGCGUAAUGACUGGAAUGAGAGCUGGGAGGCGUUCUUCCGGGACCAGCGGCUGGGCGACUUGGUACGGCGUCUCGGGGACGCAAGGAUCAGCAACCUGUGGGAGGAGAUGGUGGCGGGCGCCGUGCCCCUCCUCCUUGGCCACUUCUCACCCCCGCCCACGCCGGUCAUACUCCACGGCGACCUGUGGUCCGGCAACGUCGCUGCGUCGCGGGAUGGGAUGCCGGUCAUCUACGAUCCCGCGAGUUACUACGGGCAUGGGGAGGCGGAUCUGGGGAUCACGCACAUGUUUGGCGGCUUCACACCCGCCUUCUACGACGCAUACCACGCCGUCCACCCCCGCUCAGCGCCAUACUACGACCAACGACAGCAGCUGUACGAGCUGUACCACCACCUCAAUCACGCGCUCAUGUUUGGCGGUGGGUACGUUGGGUCUGCGGUGCGGAUCAUGCGCGGGCUCGUUGCUUGGGCCGAAGGGGUCGAGAAGGGGGCGUCGGGUGACUGACCGAGGCUGGCUUGCGGCGGCCUGCCCUUCAAAGCUCCGCAACAAUGAUAGGCGUAGAGGGCUUGAUAACCACAGAGUUGUACAUUAGAAGCAGUAGACGAUGUCAUCAGUGGAGGGACUGGGGCCCGGAAAGAAUCAAUCGGGUCGCCGACACGGUCCGUCUUCGAGCAAACACUGGCCGGGAUACGCCCACUCCUCUCUCCACCCCACACCCACACGCCCACCCCCACCUGCCUAUUUCUACUCCAUGC